GGUCCCUUAAUCCAUUAAAAUCCGGUUCACUACCCCACUUCCUCUCACGAGAAUGGAAAAUCAAGUCGAAUUUUGAUAUCCAACUCAGAACAUAACCAAGCUUGAAUUCACCAGUGAAACACCACCAAUGGAGUACAGAAGAAUCAAAGACCAGGAUAAAAGUGAAGCUGCAGUUAUCGAUGACCUAGAGAGUAGGCCUGCAGUUAUUGCCAGUGUUUUGCCAAAAUCGGAGGGGAAAAUCGGCGAUAAAUCGAAGUGGAAGCUUAAAACGGUUGUUACACUAGCACUCACGUUUCUCACAAGUUCACAAGCUAUACUCAUUGUCUGGUCGAAGAGAGCUGGGAAGUAUGAUUAUAGCGUCACAACUGCGAAUUUUUUGGUUGAAGCGUUGAAGUGCGCUUUAUCACUCGCAGCAUUGACAAGACUCUGGAGAACCGAUGGUGUUACCGAAGAUAACAGGCUGAGUACAACAUUUGAUGAAGUUAGCGUAUACCCAAUUCCUGCGGCACUUUACCUUGUGAAAAAUCUCUUACAGUAUUAUAUCUUUGCGUAUGUGGAUGCUCCAGGCUAUCAAAUACUAAAGAAUCUGAAUAUAAUCAGCACUGGCGUAUUGUAUCGGAUUAUCCUUAAGAGGAAGUUGAGCGAGAUUCAGUGGGCUGCUUUUAUAUUAUUAUGUGCAGGCUGCACCACGGCACAACUUAAUCCCUCCUCUGAUCAUGUUCUUCAAACUCCAUUCCAGGGUUGGAUAAUGGCCAUUGUCAUGGCACUUUUAAGUGGUUUUGCCGGCGUUUACACAGAGGCUAUAAUUAAGAAGCGACCUUCCAGGAACAUAAAUGUACAGAACUUCUGGUUAUAUGUGUUUGGGAUGGCCUUCAAUGCUGUAGCAAUACUCGUCCAAGAUUUUGAUGCCGUGAUGAACAAGGGUUUCUUUCACGGUUACUCGCUAAUAACAGUUCUAAUGAUUGUUAACCAUGCUUUAAGGUGCCAUUCGAUAAGGAGCUUUCGACACAGGUUCAGUUCCGGGUGCCAAAUCAAUCGUGAAUUCUAUCUCUCGGUCUGGUGGCAAUCCAGUGGCAUUGCUGUAUCUAUGGUGAUGAAGUAUGCUGACAAUAUUGUGAAGGUGUAUUCUACUUCAGUUGCAAUGCUGCUAACCGCAGUUGUGUCCGUGUUUUUGUUUAAUUUUCAUCUCUCCUUGGCUUUCUUCCUCGGAUCCACGGUUGUUUCUGUUUCGGUAUACAUGCACUCCAUAGGAAAGCUACAGAGAUGAUGAACACUAGCAUGAUUAUACCACUCUCCGGCUCAGUUAAGGAUAUAGGAUCGAGACACCUACAAACUUCCUAGUGAGAUCAGUUCAUUAGAAUAUUGAGCAAGGCUCCUCAUGCACGAACAAGUCACCAGUUACUCUCCGAUGAGCAUGAGAAUACAGAAUAGAAAGUUAUCCCAGUACUCUCCAAUAAGCAUGGAAUACAGAAUAGGAUUUUUAAGGAAGAAGACUCAAUUCAAAAGCAUUCUCCCUCGUGUGAGAGAUUCUCACAAGUGUUUUCAUGUGUAUGAUAAAUUUGAUUGUGUAUUACAUUGCAAGUUAGUUGAAUAAUAUUUUGUUCUGUAGGCAGGAUACAAUGUAUUUUACUUUUUCCUAUAUGAUAUUUAUACACAUUAUUCUACUUGUGGAAUUAUUAUUUUAACAUUAUAUAUUGGUAAAGAUGAUUUCACAUC